GCCCAGCAGUGCCACCCACCUGUGCCCAUCAGAGCCAUCCAUCAGUUCCACCCACCAGUGCCCAACAGUGUCACCCACCUGUGCCCCCCACCAGUGCACAAGUGCCCCCAUCAGUGCUACCCAGCAGUGUUGCCCAUCAGUGCCACCCAUCAGUGCCACCCACCAGUGCCCAACAGUUGGCCAGCAGUGCCCCCAUCAGUGCUACCCAUCAGUGCCACCCAUCAGUGCUGCGCAUCAGUGUACUCCAUCAGUGCCACCAGUCAGUGCCUCCCAUCAAUGCCCAUCAUUGCUGUAUAUCAAUGCAACAUAAUCAUUGCCGCCUAUCAGUGCCCAUCAGCGCUGCCUAUCUGUGCCACCUCA